AUGAGGUUAUAUAUUAUUUUUCUUAUUUUUCUUAUUUUUCUUUCAUCGAUUAUUUUAUUGGUAUUACCAGAAAAAUCAUCCUUUGAAUCUGAAUACCAAGGAAAAGUUCUAUUGACUUCAGAUGGGUUCGGUUACUUCGUAAGUUUUAUAGAUGAUGAAGUUAAAAUAAAAGAAUUUUUUGAUAAUUUAACACAAGAAUUGGCUAAAGCAAUUCCGGUUAGUCCGGAACGAAUAACUACAAAUAGAAGAUAUGAAAUUGAAACUGAUACUUCAUGCAUUUUAUCUAUUGAUAUUGAAAGGACUAAUAAUAAAACCGAAAGAAAAUCUAGUUUGAUCGUUAGUGAUUUAGAUACUUUAAUAAAGAAUAAACUUACCACUGUCAUUGGUUCUGGAGAAUAUACAAAUUAUUUGGAUGCUGAAUAUGGAUAUCAAAUCAUACCAAGUUGGAUAAAAGAAAAUUGGAAAAACGUAAUUAUAUCAAUUGCAGUAGAUGUCUUUUUUUUAUCACUUGCUUAUUGGAAUAAUACAUUUACAAUUUAUUCUUGUGCCAACGCUAUUGAAAGAUUAGUUGUUAUAAUUUGGUAUGAUUCAGCAAGUUAUUUCCUUAUGACAUCUUCUUUUAUCACAAAUUUAAUGGUUGCAUUUAAAAUUGUACGUGAUGAACUUAUGAGACAUGACUUACAAAAAUUAUUAGAAGAACUUGAAGAUGACUUAAAAGAAGGUAACAAUCUAGCAGAAUAUAAAUCAGAAGACGGCGGUACAACAGGAUUAAUAAUAAAUAAUGAUGGUGUCAACAGCCAAGAAAAAAUUACGAAAGUAUUAAAAGAAAUUAAAAGAGAGUUAAAAAUAAUAAUUAGAGAAUUAGCAGUAAUUAGCGAUCUCAUGAAAGAAUUAAAAAAUGUUAAUGAAAAAUUAAAUUCAAAAGACAUCGUAAAAAAAUUGAAAAGAAUUAACAGUUUUAUAAGAGAAUUUAUGCAAGUUGAAGGUUCUACAAAAGAAUUAUUAGAUGUUAGUGGACAUUUGAAUAAACUUAACGAAUUAUUGAAAGAAAUUAAAGAUAACGUUAACAAAAAAGAAUUAAAUAAAAUAAAUUAUCUUAUUAAAUCCAUGAAAAAUAAAUUAAGAAUUGAACAACUUAAAGAAAAAUUGAAUGAGGCCGAGUAUCUUAUUAUCAAUAAUGAACUUGCAAGUGAAGAUAAAAGAGAUUUACUAAAAGAACUUAACGACUUUAAAAAAGAAUUAAGAAAAUUUAAUGACCAUGCAGAACCUACAGCAGUGUAUGGGGAUAAAGAAAUGAAUAAUGCUGUUGAGAAAUAUAGUGGCAAAAAACAGAUUAAAAAGCUUAAAGACUAUAUUCUGAGAAAGUUUGAAAAGAUUCUGAGAAAGUUUGAAAGCUGGUUUGGAAGCCUUAGAGAAUCAGAUCAUCCGGAAAAGAAAUAUCGAAAAAUUUCACAAUGGUUAAGAGAUUAUAAAGAUAAUCAAGUAAUUGUAGUAAUAUUUGCGAUACUAGUAGGAGUUGAUGUUAUACAUUUUAAAUUGCUUGGAUCAAUGUUACGGAUUCCGAUUCCAAGUCUUAAUUUUUUUUGUCUUAAGCCUAAAAUUAUUGAUGUUAAUUUUAAUGCUAAAUUAUCCCACGCAGUAAAAGUACAAUUAUUUUGGGUUGCAAUCAUUAAUUUUUUCAAUGAUAUUGCUAUAAUAUUUACACAGAAUUUUUCUUUAAACGACAGUAUGCAAAGAUUUUACAAGAGUCAGGAGCAUAGGAACUAUACGAAAGCACUUAAUAAGAUUAUUCCAAGUAACGAAUCAAAAGAAAAAAGUGCACGAGCUCAAAAAUGUCUUGACGAAUUUAAUAUCGAACUUCCUCCGCGUAUUGUGACUUCUAAUUCAAAGGUAGCACUGGUUCUGGAUCGUGAUUAUGAAAAUAGCGAAGAGCCAAGAAAACGACCUGCACUCACAAAAACCGGAAGUGAGUCCGAGUAUGAUAAAGCGAUGAGGAUGAGUCUAGGUUAA